GCAUCGCACGGAGCUGUGUAGCUUGGUGAUGACGUCACUAGCUGCCGCAGUGAGAAUUUGUUUUACGCCAUCUUGAAAAUCCUUUCCAGAAGAACAAUCAGUCUGAGAGCAGUAGUGCUUGUCCGUCAUUAUAUUCCUGUUUACCAAUUGGGGUUUUAAAGGGGAAUAAUAUUCCAAACUUGAAAAAAAAUGGCUAGCCGAAAUCUCAAACAGGUCAAAAUCCACAACAGCUCCUCGCCUCCAGGAAUUAAGAGUCAGAAGCGCGAGUCCGAUUCGCCAGAUGAGCAGGACCAGGCAAUGCCCGCGGCUUCGAGGGGAGAGCCGGGCGCCGGCGACCCCGUGGAGGUAGGGUUAACCCUGGACCUGAAGAACUUCAAGAGGCCCGGCGAGAAGACAUUCACCCAGCGCUGCCGGCUCUACGUCGGUAACCUACCAAAUGACCUGACUGAGGACGAUUUCAAGAAGUUAUUCGCAAAAUACGGUGAAGCAAACGAGGUGUUUAUCAAUCGUGACCGUGGCUUUGGCUUCAUUCGGCUGGAAACGAGGACUUUGGCUGAAAUUGCAAAAGCAGCACUAGAUGGAACUGUAGUAAAAAACAGACCGCUCCGUAUUCGAUUCGCUACCCAUGGUGCUGCUUUGACUGUCCGGAAUCUGUCGCCAGUCGUUUCCAAUGAGCUGCUUGAACAGGCCUUUUCUCAGUUUGGUCCUGUGGAGCGAGCAAUUGUCGUGGUAGAUGACCGUGGAAGGCCAACUGGGAAAGGGUUUGUAGAAUUUGCAUCUAAACCUGCAGCUCGAAAAGCCAUGGAUAGAUGUGCAGAGGGAGCAUACUUGCUUACAACAUCGCCCCGUCCUGCAGUUGUUGAGCCAAUGGAGCAAUUUGAUGAUGAAGAUGGACUUCCAGAAAAAUUAAUGCAGAAAACACAACAGUAUCAUAAGGAAAGAGAGCAGCCCCCACGUUUUGCUCAGCCUGGUACAUUUGAGUUUGAAUAUUCGUCUCGAUGGAAGGCCCUUGAUGACAUGGAAAAGCAACAGCGUGAUCAGGUUGACAGAAAUAUCCGAGAAGCGAAAGAGAAACUUGAAGCUGAAAUGGAAGCUGCUCGUCAUGAACAUCAGCUCAUGCUAAUGAGACAAGAUCUUAUGAGGCGUCAGGAAGAGCUAAGGCGUUUGGAAGAACUGCGAAACCAAGAACUUCAGAAGCGCAAGCAGAUUGAAAUGAGACAUGAGGAAGAACGAAGACGACGUGAAGAAGAAAUGAUGCGGCAGAGAGAUGGCUUCAAGUCCAAUUUUAUGGAGAACAGAGAACAGGAAAUGAGAAUGGGUGAUAUGGGUCCCCGAGGAACAAUUAAUAUGGGAGAUACGUAUAGCCCAGUAGCUGCUGGUAACCAAGGCCCUCCUCAAAUGAUGGGUAUGAAUAUGAACAACAGAGGAGCAAUGUCUGGCACUGCUGUGGGACCUGGUCCUGCCAUGGGGCCAGAAGGAGCACCAAACAUGGGAGCACCAAUGAUGCCAGAUAACGGAACAAUGGAAACUGCUCACUUGAAGAUGAACGAGAUACAAGCUGCUGCAUCCAUCCUGGAAGAACUGCUUCAAUAUUGGAGGGGCGCAUAUGCAAGACCCAGUGGGAAGGUGUUUGAUUGUGCUGCCUUCAAGCCCAGAAGCCUCUGGAAGACCACUACUGGUAGUGCCCUGCCGAGAUGAAGAUGAAGAUGAAGAGGAAGAAGACGAGGUAGAUAGCUCGGCUCUACUCUUCCUAGCGCUACCCCCCCCCCAGGCACAUAACCUUGGGGGGAGGGUCUAGCUUCACUAAUCGGUGAGGCUGAAUACCGGGGAGGCGUGGAGGAACGGCUCCUAUGAGUGACGUGCUACCCAGUUCUCUAGCGUAAGCUUGGAGAAUGGAGCACACAAAUCACAAAAAGUGACGUCAGUGAAGACGCUAUGCACAUGCUCAGGGCCCAGACAGACUGCAGGCAGUUUUACUUUGCAAGAGACACAUGUAUGGAAGUUAGACAUUUUAAUAGUGCUGUGUUAACAACAGUGUAUAAAAACUGCACAGAGCCUGUGUACCAACGAUCGGAACGGACACAGAGCAAUCGGCACCGACACGGGUCCUCGGAACUGACCCUUGGUACAGAAGCAGUAACCUUGAACUCGCAAGCGAGAACAGGGGUGGUAAAUGCAGUUACUGCUAGUGGCACGUUAGCAGGGAUGUCCACCUGCAAGUCAGCCACUGGCCAAACCACUAGUCAGUACAAACACGAGACUAGCAGCAGCCUGCACCAGAACAGUAACCUCGGUCCCUUAGGAUCAUGGGCGACAGGUUGCUAGUUACUGUUAUAUAGCGAGUAGCAGGGCUGCCCACCUGCACAAGCCACUGGCUAAUUUCUUAGUCAGUACAAACAUGAGACUAGAAGUAGCCUGCUUGUGAACAAGCCUUUGUAAUAGUGGAACUUGGAUAGUUGCACUAAAACUGCGCCGAGCUGCUAAAGUAGGCACGCCCACAGUAGCUGCUGGGGUUGCUAUACUGACCUUUCUGUGAGAAAGAAACACAGUGCAAGGUAUUUUUGUCUUUUUUGAAUACAAAAAUAAAUAAAUAAAUAAAUACUAGUUGAGUUAGUGAGAGUUUUGUCCCGGCACUACUCAUUAUUGCACAUAUUAUAACACCACACACUGCCAUUACAUUUAUUUAAACUGUAGUACUUGACAUGUGUCUGCAGGUGGCAGAAGUGUAGCAAGAUAUCUUGAACUGAGAACUAGGAGCAAGAACACCCUGAAAUCACUAAAAAUCAGUCAUAAAAAUACAGACACCUGUAAAUCUUUUACUGUGCAUACUACAAUGUAGAAUUGUGUAAUAUUCUGUUCUUUUCAUAAGGGGCAGGAUUUCCUGAGAACUGGUUUCCAGUUUGAAAAAAACAAAAGGGCUUACAUUAUCUAUCAUUAGAGUAAGUUGGCUAGCCCUAAUCUCACUGUACCACCCCACACCUAUCUUCCACUGAAAGUAUGACACGAAACAGGUAAGUAAUACUAUUUCCAUUUGUCAGAGGCUUAAAACAGAUUAAUGGUAUGUAUUAUAUUGUUUUCAGGAGAAUGCGUUAAAAUACAGAAGCUUUUUAGUGUCAGUGAAAAUAUAAAUACUUAUGACAAUUUAUUAUAAAAAAAUAUAUUCUGAACUUAAUGUCAUUAUACAGCUCAAGUAUAUAUCUUGUUUGCCACAAUGUACCACAUAUUGACUAUUCACUUACAUAUUGAAACACACUAUAAUAAUUUGACAAUAUAUAGAUUAGCAUUAUGCCUUAUUUCUUUGAAUUCUGCUUUAAAUUUUGUACUAUCCUGUAAAUUCAAUUAUUUGAUUAAAUCUGAAACCACAA